AUGCCUCGACGACGAGAAGGUGGCGAUCUCUGUGCCAUCUUCAUCCAUGCCGGAGCCGGUUUCCACAGUCGCCUGAAUGAGAAAAUUCAUCUGGCUGCCGUCAACGAUGCUGCACUGGUCGCCAUGGCGGUCUUGAAGAAUGGAGGGAGUGCCACCGACGCUGUUGAAAUGGCCAUUAGGCUUCUCGAAGAUAAAGAGAUUACAAAUGCUGGGUACGGGAGUAAUUUGACCAUGGACGGCUCAGUCGAAUGCGAUGCUACACUGGUCGAUUACAAGGGUCGCAGCGGCGCUGUGGGGGCGAUGGCUCAGGUGAAGAACCCCAUCGCAGCAGCCCGCAUCGUCCUUGACGAAUCGAUCAAACCGUUGACACUUUCACGUGUUCCACCGAAUCUACUUGUCGGAGCAGGAGCCACUGACUUCGCCCAUGCAAAGGGGCUACCCAUACUGCCACCUGACUUCCUGGUGUCAGCGGGCGCUCGAGAUCGCUGGAUGCGGUGGAAACAGGACUUGCGGAAUGUAGAAGACAGGGCUAGCAGGACCCAGACUCUCGAGCAGAGACCUGCUAGCGGGCAGCUCACUGUGUCUCCCAAGUCUAGCAGGACCCGCACUGCCAACCAAACCGCUCCCCCUGAACGACAAUCGGAUCUACCGUCCAUAUCCUCUGUCAUUGAGUCCGUUCAAGAUGUGCCUGCCGGUAGCACACUCACUCGCAGUCGAGAAGACAGGUCGAGCUUGCCGAAUGCAGGAGGCACGGUAUCAAGCAGAGCAUCAAUAUCAACCCCAGACAACGAAGCCGACAAUGACUCUGGAGUCGAUGAUAAUCUCCAAUGGCUAGCGUCGCCUCCUAAACGGCAGAAAAUGAGCGGCCCGUCAGAUGGAUCAAUGGAUUUCGAAAAUCCACUCACCCAAUCAGAAGCAUGCCUGACAACAAAGCAGGACUCCGACGAGAAUGAAGGACGAGAGGAUGAUAUUACAGAUACUGUCGGAGCCAUUGCUGUCGACUGCUUCGGUCGAAUAGCUGCGGGCUCGUCUUCAGGAGGCAUCGGCAUGAAGCGCAAAGGUCGGUGUGGUCCAGCAGCACUUGUCGGGGUCGGGACUGCAGUCAUCCCCGUCGACCCAGACGACCUCUCCGAAACGUCUGUAGCCACACUAACGAGCGGCACGGGUGAGCACAUGGCAAUUACAAGCGCUGCAGCCAUAGCGGCGGAGCGCAUCUACACUUCGACGAGAAAAAGAGAGACGCGGCUCGAGCGGUGUAACGAGGAUGAAGCCUUGCAUGCAGUGAUUACUCGAGAUUUCUUGCAACAUCCAGGAGUUGCCAGCAGUCCCUGUCAAGGUGCAAUUGGGAUUUUGGCGGUGAAGAAGACUCGCGACGGGAUUUACUUUUAUUUCGGACACAGUACAGAGUCCUUCGUGAUUGCGUCAAUGCAUUCCGAGGAACGCAGGCCGGUUUGCACCAUGUCGCGAAACAAUGGGCCGGGGUCUAUCGCACAAGGCGGGCGGGUUUCACGGUCGCGGACGUGA